UGGCUCCGCCCUUUUCCCGAGGGUGGGGGAGGACCAUAUAUAAGUGCCGUAGUCGCCGUGAACGUUCUUUUUCGCAACGGGUUUGUCGCCAGGACACAGGUGUCGUGAAAACCACCGCCAAACCUAAGCAAAAAUGGGAAAGGAGAAGACCCACAUCAACAUCGUUGUGAUCGGACACGUAGAUUCGGGGAAGUCCACCACUACUGGCCAUCUGAUCUACAAGUGUGGUGGGAUCGACAAGAGAACCAUCGAAAAGUUCGAGAAGGAGGCUGCCGAGAUGGGGAAGGGCUCCUUCAAGUAUGCCUGGGUCUUGGACAAACUGAAAGCUGAACGCGAGCGUGGUAUCACCAUUGAUAUCUCCCUAUGGAAAUUCGAGACCAGCAAGUACUAUGUGACCAUCAUUGAUGCCCCAGGACACAGAGACUUCAUCAAAAACAUGAUUACAGGCACAUCCCAGGCUGACUGUGCUGUCCUGAUUGUUGCUGCUGGUGUUGGUGAAUUUGAAGCAGGUAUUUCCAAGAAUGGGCAGACCCGUGAGCAUGCCCUUCUGGCCUACACUCUGGGUGUGAAACAGCUAAUUGUUGGAGUUAACAAAAUGGAUUCCACCGAGCCACCCUACAGCCAGAAGAGAUACGAGGAAAUUGUAAAGGAAGUCAGCACCUACAUUAAGAAGAUUGGCUACAACCCCGACACAGUAGCAUUUGUGCCAAUUUCUGGCUGGAAUGGUGACAACAUGCUGGAGCCAAGUGCUAACAUGCCGUGGUUCAAGGGAUGGAAAGUCACCCGUAAAGAUGGCAAUGCCAGUGGGACCACACUGCUUGAAGCUCUGGAUUGCAUCCUGCCACCAACUCGCCCAACUGACAAGCCCUUGCGUUUGCCCCUCCAGGACGUCUACAAAAUUGGUGGUAUUGGCACUGUCCCUGUGGGUCGAGUGGAGACUGGUGUUCUCAAACCUGGCAUGGUGGUCACCUUUGCUCCAGUCAACGUGACAACUGAAGUGAAGUCUGUUGAAAUGCACCAUGAAGCUUUGAGUGAAGCCCUUCCUGGGGACAACGUGGGCUUCAAUGUCAAGAACGUGUCUGUCAAAGAUGUUCGUCGUGGCAAUGUGGCUGGUGACAGCAAAAAUGACCCACCGAUGGAAGCAGCUGGCUUCACAGCUCAGGUGAUUAUCUUGAACCAUCCAGGCCAAAUCAGUGCCGGCUAUGCACCUGUGCUGGAUUGUCACACAGCUCACAUUGCCUGCAAGUUUGCUGAGCUGAAGGAGAAGAUUGAUCGUCGUUCUGGGAAAAAGCUGGAAGAUGGCCCCAAAUUCUUGAAAUCUGGUGAUGCUGCCAUCGUUGAUAUGGUUCCUGGCAAACCCAUGUGUGUUGAGAGCUUCUCGGACUAUCCUCCUCUGGGCCGCUUUGCUGUUCGUGACAUGAGACAGACGGUUGCUGUGGGUGUCAUCAAAGCAGUGGACAAGAAGGCAGCUGGAGCUGGCAAGGUCACCAAGUCUGCCCAGAAAGCUCAGAGGGCUAAAUGAAUAUUAUCCCCAGUACCUGCCACCCCAGUCUUAACCAGUGGUGGAAGAACGGUCUCAGAACUGUUUGUCUCAAUUGGCCAUUUAAGUUUAAUAGCAAAAGACUGGUUAAUGAUAACAAUGCAUCGUAAAACCUUCAGAAGGAAAGGAGAACGUGUUGUGGACCAUUUGUUUUGUGUGUGGCAGUUUUAAGUUAUUAGUUUUUAAAAUCAGUACUUUUUAAUGGAAACAACUUGACCAAAAAUCUGUCACAGAAUUUGAGACCCAUUAAAAAAAGUUUAAUGAGAA